AUGAAUGGUCCAAUCGUAGCUGGUGGCAACGCUCCAGGAAAUCGAUUAGAACAACUUAAUGGUCCAACAGAUGUGUUAAUUGAUAAAAUGACUAAUUGUCUCAUUAUUUCCGAUUCGAAAAAUCGACGCAUUAUACAACGGUCUCGCAGUCGUGGAACAAUGCAAGAUGAUCAGAGAUAUUUUUAUAUUUCUGAUGUUAAAAAACAUGAAGUAAGAAAGUAUCAAUUGAAAGAAAAUAUGCAAAAUGGAACUGUUGGAGAUGGUGGAAAUGAAGAAGGUUCGCAUUUGAAUCAUUUUGAUUUUCCUACUUAUAUUUUUGUCGAUUGUUCUAAGAAUAUUUAUGUAUCAGAUUGGAACACUCAUCAUGUCAUGAAAUGGAUUAAUGGUACGAAGAAAGGUGUUAUUAUCGUUGGAGGACAAGAUGAAGGAAAUACUCUCAAGCAAUUUUCAAAUCCUAGUGGACUGUUUGUCGACGAAUCGGAUGUUCUAUAUGUAACUGUUCUUGGAAAUAAUCGUAUAAUGUGUUGGACUCUGGAAUCAAAACAAGGCAUGGUCAUUGCAGGAGAAACUCCUUAUGUCAUUGAUUCAGCACAUGGAUAUAUUCUAUAUUUUUCUAAAGAAUGA